UCCUUUCCGCAGCAGUUCCAGCGGAUUCGAGCGGCUGCCGCAACUCUUCCGCUGGCGUUCAUGUAGUCACGAAUCAAUGAACCUGGCCCAGCUGUGGCGAAACUCCGUUAAAUUUGCUAGAAUGUUCUAACUUUACUUGUAACAUAAAAGUCCUGCGGUGUUGGAGCUUUAGUCGCGGGAAGAACUUACUAUAACUACAUCUACGUCUGACGCACCAUGGACAAGAACGAGCAAUCUAUGAGUAGCGAGGAAAUGGAAAGAGCGAUACUUCAACCCUAUUAUUACAUUGUCAGAAUUCCUGGAAAGCAAAUAAGAACCAAACUGGCAGAGGCCUUCAAUUAUUGGCUGAAAAUAUCCCCUGAAAAAUGUCAAGCUGUAACAGAGAUUGUUCAAAUGCUCCACAAUUCUAGUCUUUUGAUUGAUGACAUUGAGGAUAGCUCCUUGCUUCGAAGAGGUGUGCCUGUCGCUCAUCACAUCUUUGGAGUGGCCAGCACCAUAAACUCUGCUAACUAUGUUUACUUCCUCAGCCUUGAGAAGUGUCUACAGCUAGGUGAUCCCCGGGCCACCACUGUUUUCACUGAACAGUGCCUGGAGCUUCACCGCGGUCAAGGCAUGGAGAUAUACUGGAGGGAUAAUUACAUCUGCCCUUCAGAGGAUGACUAUAUCACAAUGGUUAAACGAAAAACUGGAGGCCUUUUUGGACUAGCUGUACGGCUUAUGCAACUGUUCAGUGAAAACAAGAGUGAUUUCAGCGAAUUGAUUGGGACCUUGGGGCUGUACUUCCAGAUAAGGGAUGAUUAUGCCAACCUGGUCCUAAAAGAGUAUACAGAUAACAAGAGCUUUGCAGAGGAUCUCACAGAAGGGAAAUUUUCGUUUCCCAUUAUUCAUGCUAUCCAGAAGCACCCAGAAGACCCUCGAAUGAUGAACAUAGUAAAGAAGCGAACCAAAGACUUGGAAAUCAAGAAGUAUGCUGUGGAUGUCCUUGAGAAGUUGGGAUCGUUUGCCUACACCAAGGAGGUCUUGAAGAAACUGGAUGCUGAAGCACGGAGGGAAGCUGAAAAGCUUGGAGGCAAUCCUUAUAUAGUUCAAGUUCUUGAUGAGCUCAAGAACUGGUGAAGAUCAUUUCAGCAGAAGCGCACAUCAGUGUACAUUUUGUGUACAUCUUUGACAUCAUCAUCUCACAUACUCUACACUCGAGUUUUGCCAAACUUUUGUCUUCAAAGUACUCUGCACGCGCACAGAUCACAUUAAUGCAGCAUCUGCUGUGUGUCAACAUUCAAAUCAUCCAAAUACUAGUCUGUGCACCUACAUCUAUGCACUAGAAGGUGCCGUCUUUAUUGUUUACAAUGACGCAGCUAACAGCCAUUUAAUGACAUAUGAAAAAUGAUUCAACCAUUAAUAAGGCUUCAUUGCACACUUGUAGUGUCAUGGGAACAAAUGACUUCUCAAUGGUUUGCUAAUUAUCUGCGAAAAAGCAAAACGCAAAAAGACGUAGUGGUCUGGAAAGGUUGCUUUAUAUUUUGUUUCUUUUGCGUGUCCCAAAAGAGGGGAGGCAUAGAUUUCACAUGAAUUCACCCAUUUUUGAAAUGGAUAAUAAGUUGUUAUUUUAGCCUUUAUUAUUUUUUAUUGUUACUUGGAAAUAAAAAUGCAACUGUGUUGGUA